AUGAAAGUAACCUUUGUGCAUCCUGAUCUUGGUAUUGGUGGUGCGGAACGUCUGGUUGUCGAUGCAGCAACAGCAAUGAGAAUGAAUGGCCAUCGGGUGGUUAUUGUUACCAACAGUUACUCAACAUCACAUUGUUUCGAGGAGAGUAAAAAUUUUGAAAUAAAAUCGGUUGAUGUCUUUCCCCGUACAAUCUUCAACAGGUGUGCAGCUCUCUGCGCUUAUAUUAGGAUGUGUAUUGCUGCUCUCUACGUAGCUUUUGCAGUGGAAACUGAUCUUGUUUUUUGUGACUCGAUAUCUGCAUGCAUCAUAAUUUUCCGAGCAAAAAUUAUAUAUUAUUGUCAUUUUCCGGACUUGUUGCUCACGGACAGAGAAACGUUUGUAAAGACUGUUUACCGGUCUUUCAUUGAUAGAAUAGAAGAGUGGAGCACUGGUAUGGCUGAUUUAAUAUGUGUAAAUAGUAAAUUUACAGAAGAAGUUGCGCAAGCGACAUUCAAAAGUUUAACAAAAAAGCUUUAUGUUCUAUAUCCCACCUUAAAUACUCAGUUUUUUGAUGACUGUCAACCGACAGAAAUUGACGGUAUCCCUGAAAGUGCAAAAUAUAUAUUUGUUUCCAUUAAUCGAUUCGAAAAAAAGAAGCGGGUUGGCUUGGCUAUAGAAGCUUUCGGUAUUUUAAUAAAAAAGGUUCCUGAGGAGGUUUACAGAAACUGUUUUUUGGUCAUUGCUGGCGGAUAUGACAAGAACAACGAAGAGAACCUAUUACACUUUAGUGAGCUGCGGGAACAUGCUGUUGAUCUAAAAAUACCAUCAAAGCAAAUCCUCUUCCUCAAGUCGCCCUCUGAUGAAGUGAAAGUGCAGUUACUGCGACAAGCGUUGACUGUUUUGUACACUCCUUCGCGGGAACAUUUUGGUAUCGUACCUGUGGAGGCGAUGUAUAUGAAGUGUUGCGUCAUUGCUGUUAAUUCUGGUGGGCCGAAGGAGUCGGUGGAUGACGGAGUUACAGGAUUCCUUGUCGAACCAAAUGCUGAGGAAUUCGCUAAAAAGAUGGCGAUGCUUAUAGGUGGAGAAAGGGAUGCAAAACGUAUGGGCGAAGCUGGUUAUCGUCGCGUAAUCGACAUGUUUUCGAUGACAAAGUUUAGGGACUCUUUAGAAAAGAUUGUUGAAAUUGUUUUUAAAGACUAA